AUGAGUGAUUCGAAACGAAGUCUAUUUAGUUCAUCAUCAAGUUCUUUUCUUCUAAAGAGUCCACACAGAUCUCCAAUGCGUGGGCGUGAAAAUGCUUCAUCUUCAUUCUUAAAUGUUACGCCAACGAAAAAAAUCAAGAAAAACGAUGGAAACAAAGAACAUGGUAAUGCACUACAGAUAUUUCUUAGAGUGAGACCUCUGAAAUCAACAGAAACUGAUAGUUGCGUUGAAGUCGAUGGCAACCAAAUUACUCUUCGUCCUCCAACAGCUAGAAAUCAGACAAAACUCUUUGAUUUUCAAAAAGUAUUCGACGAAAACUGUACCCAGGAAGAAGUCUUCAAUGAAAGCUUCUUGAAAUUAAUUCCUGCAUUAGGAGAAGGCAGAGACAUGCUUUUAUUCGCGUAUGGUGUUACAAGCGCAGGAAAAACGUUUACAAUCGAAGGAACUAAUAGUAAUCCAGGAAUUUUGAAUAGAGCAUUAACAACAAUUUUAUCUCAAAUGAAUGGACCUCUUAGUAUGUACACAAAGCUUACAGUUUCAUGCUUUGAGAUAUUUAACGAAAAGAUAUUUGAUCUUCUUGCUCAGAACUCGAAUAGUAAUAAAUCUAAGAAACUUUCACCACGUGGUGAGUGCAAAAAUCAAUUAACACUUGGUAGGUACUCAGAUGGACGCACUUCCGUUGAAGGCGCUAGUGAAUGGGCUAUAUCAAACGAAUCUCAAAUUUCAGAUCUUCUUCUCAAAGCAAAUAGUGAGCGUCAUAAAGCAGAGACAACUUUCAACCAUAAUUCUUCAAGAAGCCAUGUAGUUUUCAGGAUUAUUUUGCAUAGAGAACAUCAUUUACCUGUAUUUGUUUCAAUUGUUGAUCUUGCUGGAUGUGAAAGAACAAAAACUCUCGGCGAUGACAGGAUGAAAGAAUCCGUAAAUAUUAAUAAGUCUAUGCUUGUUCUUGGAAAAUGCAUAAGAUCACUUGCAACAAAACAGUCAGCAGUUCCUUAUCGAGAAUCAUUGAUUACCAGAUUAUUUAAAGAUUUCUUUGAAUCGCCUGGUAAAUGUGCCGUUGCAGCAGUGAUUGUAAAUAUUACUCCUGGUGUUGAACAAUUUGAAGAUACUGCAUUUUCACUCAGCUUUGCUGUUGAUGCAUCAGAAGUAUACACAACUACUGCAAUAGAUGAAAGUUUAUUAGAUGAUGCAUUUGAUAUCCCAACACCAAACUACGGAGCAGUUAAAUCUGAUGUUUUAGCUCAAGUUCAGAAAUAUUUAGAUUCUGUCGAGCAUUGCUAUCAAGAACAAGUAACUCAAUUGAUGGAGAGAACGAGAUGCGGAAAUAGACUAUAUGCUGAAAUGUCGGAUACUGUGCCACGUGAACAAUAUGUUGCGCUCCAAAAGGAAAAUAAUGAACUUAGAGAACAGCUUAAUGCAGCUCUUAAAAAGAUUAGAGAGUUAUCAAGUGGUAAUGAGAUUUAA